AUGUCGUCGCUCCUGCAUGUCCGAAUGAUCUUGGGAACUAUCGCACUGGGUUAUGGCAUCAUCUUUGCCCUCUGUACGUGUCUCGUGGUCUACAUGCGUCACUAUCGCUCCAGCGCUUUGAGAGGGGACACACGAGCUGCACGUCGAGUGCUUCUACCAGCAUUCCAGCCACUGCUGUGGCUCCUUACUGCCGUGUCGCUCGUUUAUACGAUUUGCUUCACGUUGUUGGUAUCUAAUGGUCCCUAUUGGGCCCAUCAGAAUCGUGUGAAGGCCGAGGUCUACUACAGUGGACGCCUGUUUGUUAUUGCUUUACCGGUGCUGUAUCUUCAACAACGAGCAGUGACAACGCGCGCGUUGAUUCGAGCGGCCAUGUGCUCGCUCUUGCUUGCAGUGUACAAUAUCCCUAUUGUGUGGAUCGUGGAUCUGACGGCAACAGUCGAGACAGCACAUUAUGUAAUCAUAGUAACGGGAUCGUUGCCGCUGGUUGUACUGGAGUGGAUAUGUUUGCGGCCAUCUGAGAGAGCUAGUCGCAAGACGUUGCGGGAAUAUGCCGUGUUUGUAGGCGUGUAUUAUAUCAUGCGGGCGACGUAUACGGAGCUGUACUACCUCGGUGAAGAUUUCGCCGUCGCUUCGUUCGUUGUGACGCUCAUGAGUAUCUUCUGGGGCUCGUUGGUUCCAGUGGUUAUUUGGAGAGUUUUGAAAGCCGAUACGGCACAUUGGCGCGGACUUGGUAAACGUGCGGUCCACUUGCAAUCGCUCUUUCGACAGAAGUAUCACUACCUCCAUGAACGCGUAUCGUCGCGAGGACUGCAUCUCUUGAUUGAAAUGCACCGAAAACAAAUCAUUGAUUUCGCUUAUUUGGAACUUCAGCGAAAGAUCGGUGCAGGUGCUAGUGCUGUCGUGUUCCGAGGCACGCUCCACUCGAAGAUCCCGGUUGCUAUCAAAGUGUACACACCGCGAGUCCUUUGCGAGGAUGUUGUAGCUGCGUUUUCUCACGAAGCAGCGUUGUCCGGAGCGUUACUUCAUCCCAAUAUCGUCCGGUUCUACGGAAUGUGCGUGUGUCCGCCGACCGUGUGUCUCGUGUCGGAACUCUGUCGAGCUUCGCUUGAAGAAGUCACGCGCACUAGUGCUAGGAUGCGAUUACUCCACCAACGAAGCCGAAGCAAUGAGCGCGAACAAGAUGUGGUUUCUCAGGGUUGGCAGCAACGCCAGCAGCUACUGAUUGAUUUGAAUUACAUGAUUGAUGCUACUCGUGCAGUCGUAUACAUGCACAGCUUUACACCAGCUUUCUUGCAUCGCGACCUCAAGCCAUCGAACUUCAUGGUGGACUAUUACGGCACUUGCAAACUCACCGACUUUGGUGAGUCGCGCAGUGUGCCGACGGAACAUAUAGGUAAAAGGGCAAAUAAUGGGACUGAAGAUCACUCAGUGGCAGCGGCGACCGUUGGAGCAUCGUCGACCAUGUUUGUUGAAGACGCGUGUAUGGGAGCGGUGACGCCAAACGCGCCUGCUCAAGUCACAUCAUCACCGUCCCUGCUGGGACGUGACCGUGGGCGAAAUACAAUGACUGUCCGUGGUACAGCAGAUUAUAUGGCUCCUGAGCUGAUUGAGGGCAAGGCAGGCACUGCUGUCUAUGGCGAAGCGGCGGAUAUCUACUCGCUUGCUAUCACGCUGUGGGACAUUGUGCAUCCGCUCGUCCCGAAGUACCCGGAUGCUACUCGCAGUCACCUUCAGGUAUUUGAUAGUGUGCUUGACGGUGAACGGCCUCCGCUCAGUCCAUCUCUUCAUCCAGAACUACAUCGACUGAUGACUGAUGCGUGGCAUUCGCAGCCGGAACGUCGACCGUCCGCGGCGUACAUUCUCACAGCGCUGGAAACACUUCAGCAAGAAGUCAGCGCUCCGACUGCGUUGCGUCUUGUUACAGCCCUCGAUUGCACUGGGACACCGUCUACACCAUCCAUGGUUAAAGGUCAGCAUAUCAUGCAGCGUAUGGUCGAGCUUGACUUUGUGGACUCGGCAUCCGAGGCUUAUCGUAUGGGCAACUCAUUGAUGAGUGCUGGUCUCUUACACCACUCUCAGCACCGCGUGUCAUUCCGCAAGACGUCCGAGUUGUUUUACUUUGAUGCUGAUGUGCUGGGAUUGUAUGCACCAGCAUCUCCCGACACAACUUCUGGGACCUCCAAAGACAGUCGCAGCUCCAAUGAUAAUAUCGAUGACCCGGUACCAACUUUUUUCGACCGGCGGCACCGCCAUAUCUCAAGUGGUGACCAUGGCCAGCGAGCAGCAAGUUCCCCAGUAGCGACUCGCUGCUUUUCACCGCCUGCAGCGAAUAGACAGAGCGUGCCCACCGCCUGUCAUCGAGCGAGCACCGAGUUGCCAGCAUGUGGUUGUCGACGACUCGGCCGUGGUUUUAUCAAUCCAGCUUGCCGUCAAAAGCGUCGCUUUCGACGCAGUAAGAAGUGGCUCUCGAUCGCUGAGGAGCGCAUUUCCACGGGCAAGCUCCUGUUCCACGACGUCGAGUUGGUCGAACCUUUUUUCGACGAGACGGACGAUUUUGAAGACUAUAGUAUCAGUGGCAAUUGGGAUGACACGAAAGCAGCAGCGACUGCAACAGUUCGAGGCACUACUUCGAUUGCACGUAUUGACGAGAAUAUCGAGCUCGAGCUCGCGGAUACUUCUUGUUACGUCAACUUUGAAACCAGCGACCCGAGCUGA